AGAUCAUCCAUGCAACCUCACAUAAAGAACACCUCACCUCACACUCACCACAUCAUCGCCCUCACAAACGCACCAUGAAGAUCCUCCUCCACUCUCACUUCCCAGCCGGCCAUGCCUACCCAAUGCAAGCCGUAGCCCAAUCCCUCAUCCGCCGCGGCCACCAAGUAACCUGGCUCACCAGCACCUCAAACGAAGCGCGCGUCCUCGCCGUAGGCGCAACAUUCGUCCCAACAAGCGCCAUAGCCAUCAUCGACGAACCCCUAAUCGCUGCCAAUGAAACUGGUAUUCUCGACAAGGAGUAUUCGCAGCUUCAGAUCAGGCUUCUUGCGCAGGUGACGGAUUACCGCCGGGUGUUGAGGGACUUUAAAGCAGAUGUUCUGCUCGUCGAUGUGAUGCCGUAUGGAGCGAGGGCUUUGUGUGAACUGGGUGAAGUUCCGGUUUAUGCGACGCUGGGGGUAAUUCCGAUGUAUAUGUCGAGUUGGGGAGCGCCGCAGGCUGUUUCGGGGGAGAGUCCGGCGACGUCGUGGGUUGGAUUGAUCUGGAAUCAUAUUCUUCAUCUUGUUAGCCAGUGGUUUCUUCUGCCGUUGCUUUUGAGGCCGAUCAUAAAUGCCCAAAGGAGAGAAUUGGGCUUGAAGAACUUGCCGUAUGGGGAGCCGAUCGAGUCUUUCACUUACAGCCCCUAUCUUCACAUUCAGGCGUCAUCGCCGUCGCUGGAGUUCAAGCUACUGCCAAAGCCGCCGCAGCAGCGGGAGCAUACUAAGUUUGUGGGACCGGUAGUUACGCAAGUACCGACAAGUCUCGCCCAGCUACCCUCUGAAUGGGACGAGAUCGUUGCGCAUCCCCGUGUUGUCGGCAUUACCCAAGGCACACUAGCCAUGGAUCCAACAUCAUUGAUCAUUCCCGCCAUCGAGGCGCUCUCCGAUGAUCCAGAUCUCCUCCUUGUAGUGGCUUCACCGCAUGUAGAAGAGAUCACAUCGAGAAUAGGGGAGCCGCCAAAUGUGCGCUUCAUCAGAUGGAUACCGUACCAUCUCUUCCUCCCACAGCUCUGCCUCCUCAUCACCAACGGCGGUUAUGGAAGCAUAACUCAGGCGCUGUCGCAUAAAGUGCCACUGAUCUGCGCUGGGCAAACAGAAGAUAAGAAGGACACAGCGGCGCGGGUUAGUUGGGCGAGUGCAGGCAUCGAUUUGAAGACAGAUAACCCUUCGACGGAACAGGUUCGAAGAGCGGCGAGGACAAUACUGGACGAUCCAGGGUUUGUGGAGAGGGCGGGGCAUCUGGGCGACGAACUCAAUGAACUUGGGGGCGCAGAACGAGCUUCAGAGCUUUUGGAAGAACUGGUAGAAUCUAGAGACAGAUGAACAUCAGCAGUUGUCAACUUGGGUGGAAAUAAUGCCGAGUGGCAGAUGGAUAGACUUGGGCAAAAGCGGCACGAAAGAAACACGAUCACGAGCACACCAAAAGAUUUAGAACGAGAUUCGAUUCAUUGCUAGAGCCUAAUAAUCCACCAGUCCGGUUCCAUAAAUCCGGCGUCGAUGAUGAUGAUAAUAACAUCCUUUUUUUGUUACAGGUAAUAUGUCCUGUGAUUCAGAUUCUGGAGAGGGUCAGUAAAUGAUGAUAACUUGAAACGACAUACUCCAAGCUUCGAGGUGACUU